AAAAAGUUCUCGAAGGGUUGACUUUGCAGUAGUAGGCUGUUUCCACCUUUUCGCCUACAACACCUUCAAAUCUUUCUUUUCCUCUUGUGUCUUCCUGCAGAGUAGGUCGAGGGGAGUCCUUUCUACACCGUCAACAUGUCAGACGAAGUCUACGAGGGUGCCAUCGGCAUCGACCUUGGUACCACUUACUCCUGUGUCGCCGUCUACGAAGGCACAAAUGUCGAAAUCAUCGCCAACGAGCAGGGUAGCUUCACCACUCCCUCGUUCGUCUCCUUCACCGACGAAGAGCGCCUCAUCGGCGAGGCCGCAAAGAACCAGGCCGCAAUGAACCCGGAAAACACAGUCUUUGAUGUCAAGCGAUUGAUCGGCAGACGAUUUGACGACCCGACUGUGAAGAAAGAUAUCGAAUCAUGGCCGUUCAAGGUUGUUGACCAGGGUGGCAAUCCCAUGGUUCAGGUUCAAUACUUGGGGGAGACCAAGACUUUCUCACCCCAGGAAAUCUCCUCCAUGGUUCUGAUGAAGAUGAAGGAGGUUGCCGAGACCAAGCUGGGCAAGAAGGUUUCCAAGGCCGUCAUCACCGUGCCUGCUUAUUUCAAUGACAACCAGCGACAAGCUACCAAGGAUGCCGGUGCCAUUUCCGGCCUCAACGUCCUCCGUAUCAUCAACGAACCCACCGCCGCCGCCAUCGCCUACGGUCUUGGAUCCGGCAAAUCAGACAAGGAGCGAAACGUCCUCAUCUACGACCUUGGUGGUGGUACAUUCGAUGUUUCGCUGUUGAACAUCCAGGGUGGUGUCUUCACGGUCAAGGCUACUGCUGGAGAUACCCAUUUGGGUGGUCAAGACUUUGACACCAACCUCCUCGAGCAUUUCAAGAAGGAGUUCACGAGGAAGACCAAGAAGGACUUGUCUGGUGACGCCCGUGCCCUUCGACGACUCCGCACCGCCUGCGAACGUGCAAAGAGAACCUUGUCGAACGGAACCCAGGCCACGGUUGAAAUUGACUCGUUGUUCGACGGCGAGGACUUCAAUGCUACCAUCACCCGUGCCCGAUUUGAGGAUCUCAACGCCAAGAUCUUUAACGGCACUUUGGAGCCUGUCCAACAAGUCCUGAAAGAUGCCGCCAUCGAGAAGUCCAAGGUGGAUGAGAUUGUCCUCGUUGGUGGCUCGACCCGUAUUCCUCGUAUCCAGAAACUGCUGAGCGACUUCUUUGACGGCAAGAAAUUGGAAAAGAGCAUCAACCCCGACGAAGCCGUCGCCUACGGAGCCGCUGUUCAGGCUGGUAUCCUGUCCGGCAAAGCCACCUCUGCUGAGACUGCCGACCUUCUCCUGCUGGAUGUCGUUCCUCUUUCUCUGGGUGUGGCUAUGGAAGGCAACAUCUUUGCCCCUGUUGUUCCUCGCGGACAGACAGUCCCAUGUAUAAAGAAAAGAACCUUCACAACUGUCGUUGACAACCAGCAAACCGUGCAGUUCCCUGUAUAUCAAGGAGAGCGGACCAACUGUGAAGACAACACAUCCCUAGGCGAAUUCACCUUAAGUCCAAUCCCACCAAUGAGGGCGGGAGACGCUGCUCUCGAAGUUGUGUUUGAGGUUGAUGUCAAUGGCAUUCUCAAGGUCACUGCCACGGAGAAAUCCUCUGGACGGAGCGCCAACAUUACCAUCUCUAAUGCGGUCGGCAAACUCUCCACUACUGAGAUCGAAAAGAUGGUCGAAGACGCUGCGAAGUUCAAGACCAGCGACGAGGCAUUCACCAAGAAAUUCGAGGCUAAGCAGCAACUCGAGUCUUACAUUGGUCGUGUGGAGGAGCUGAUCAAUGACCCCGGCUUGUCGAUGAAGAUGAAGCGUGGCAACAAGGCCAAGAUCGAGGAGGCCCUGAGUGACGCUAUGCAGCAGCUCGAGGUGGAUGAUUCGACGCCGGAUGACUUGAAAAAGAAGGAGUUGGCCCUGAAAAGAGCCAUGACCAAGGCCAUGGCUACGAGGUAGACGGCCACCCCGUCGACGAUUGGUUGGAUCUGUCAAACCAGUCUCGGGCAGGCCACCCCAUCACCCGAAAAGAUAUCGGAGCGCUACGUCUCCCAUCCUCAUGACAGUAUGCACGGCAUUUUCAAAAGAAAUGUGGCUGGCGUCGUUUUCGGAUAGUUCUCAGGCGGGUCAAUCAGGGCACCAGCUGCUGGUUGCGCUCGUCAAAAAGGCUAGGGAAAUGUCAUUGCCUUAGUAUGUUUUCAGAUAGAGCGGCAAUCUCGUUUCUCGGCCAUGAAAUCAGAAUGAAGAUAGUGUUCCCUUUGCCGCAACCGUGCUUUUUACACGGGGUUGAGCUCAAAGAUCUGUGGCUUCAGCUUGACGAGCCGCAGGCUGCCCAAAAUCGGAGUAUUGUUCUAUAUCAUUAGUAUCUAGCUCAGGAAGAUGUACCAGAAUCG